AUGUAUCGGAAGUUGUCUAAGUUAGAACACUCGGAAAUAAAACAACUUCUUACAGAAGCUAAUAUAGAUGUUGCAAAACAUUACGCGACAAACAAAAAAGCACUCGCUGACUUCAUUAAAGACUACAAUGGUGCAAUAAGUUAUGAUAGAAUUCAUGAGUUCAUAAAGCCGCAACGCGGCGAGGACGAAGUCCAUGCAAGAGCAUUUCCUUUAAAUGACAUUGCUAUUGACUUAUAUCAUAGACGUUCAGUACCUCAUGAAGUAAGAAGAGAAAUGUUUGACAUAACAAAUGCAAACGUUGGUCAUACUCGUAAAGCUCUUUCGCAUGAUGUUCGUCAAGAAAUGUUUGACAUAACAAACAAUAAUGCAAACGUUGGUGAAACAAGAAGAAGAGACGACACACUGAAACAACAGAGAAGAGAGAUGUUUAAAAGUGCUAUAGAACAAGUUCGCAAAGCUAACGAUGUCAUUCGUUCCAUUGACGACAAACCAAAAGAAGGUGAGAGAUGGUUAAAGAAAGAUGAAGAGAAUAGGAAGAGAAAUGUGAAGUCAGGCAAUAGACUCAUUGACUUUAACAUCGAAGCUUUAGAUGAACCAAACAGAGAAUAUUUACACAAACAUUUCGGUAAGGUUUUCAUGAGACUCUUAGAGAAAAUUAAAAUAAACUCGCAACAAAGAUGGAUGGUAUGUUAUAAACUUGGUGGAAAGUAUGAAUGUUCUACGUUAAACCUCAAUAAUAUUGGAACAUUACUACAUCAGCUCUUGAAGGAGAACUUUAUAUCAGAGAUAGAAGCAAAUGCUGCAGGUAUUGUUGAAAUGCACUAUGACUUCUUCUUGACAAACAUAAAGAAUCUUACUGAAAUAAAGAUGUAUGAUUUAACAGAAUAUGAAGGCUUAACGAUGUCAGAUGUAAAGAAAGGCAAACCAAAAAAGAGACCAUAUAGAGAUGAAAGCACACUGACAAAUGACCAGAAAGCCAUUUUGGAAGCUCUUAAGCAAACAGGAAACCCAGCACUUAUAGAAAGCUUUUGGAAAGAUAAUGGUGAAAAGAAGUUUUAUAAGAAGAGAAGCGGUCAGUUAUGGAAGUAUCUUUGCACAUUACCUAUAAAUCUUGAACGCUACCAAAUCUUCAAUGAACUGAACAAAAGAACUGCAAUACUUAUGACAGAGGACAAUUGUUUCGUUUAUGCUUGCAUUCAGGCUGGAGUAAAUGAAGAAACUAUUGACCACAUGAGAGAAGUCAUUCGUGUUAGAGACUUUCCUCAAAGUAAAGUACAAGAAAUUUCUGACGCAACAGGUAUAGCAUUUAAUGUUACCAUUGGUUAUUUCAAUGACUCAAGACAUAAUGAAAUAAAGAGAUAUAUACCAAAAGAAUGCGAAACU